AUGAUCAGCAUAAUAGUCGGCGUCCUACUCUUGUUCUUUACUGGGGAUGGCAUACUGGAGCCGUCGAGUCAAAAGGACAGCACUACUCAAUCCCCCUCGUCAGCAGCAGUAGUUAGAGUUACUAGGAGGAAGGCCAGUCCUCUUCUGAAUCCCCAGGGCUCGCUUCAAGAGAUGGGCGAACACCAUGGUUAUGACGAACUGGACGUGCCGAGGGUGUGGUAUGAGCUCGAUGCACGCUCACUGAGGAGCUUGAAUAGGAGCUUGAAGUGGGCGAUGAGCGGUGCGAGGUCACCACAGGUUAAUGGUGGUCAAAAUGGGGGCGAUAUAGCACCGGAGGUUGGCGUUAGAGAAGGGGUGUAA